AUGAUUUCUACGGCUUCCGCAUCUGAAAUAACGAAGAGGAGUCUGAAUCUAAGUUUAGAUGGUAUAAAGAUAAAGAGAGGGAGCACCAGUCUGAAAGGAGUCUGUUUUGCAGACUCCAUUAUUACAACUUCAACCUCCUCUUAUGUGGCCGGUGGGUCACCCAUUCAGGUAAAAAUAAUCAACAAGGUGGAUAUUGACAGCGUAAUGGUUUAUGCGGUCAGUCGUCAUAAUAUAAAAGUUGGUAGUUGGAUACUGAAUGGUGAUGAUAAUUUUAUAUAUGAUGCUGGAUACGAAAUACACGAAAGGCAUCUUAAUAUCUCCCCUGCAAGUACUGUUAUCGCGAGCACGAGUAGCACAAAUUCUGGCGUACCUGAUGUAAGAACUACAAGUAAUAACAGACCUGGAGCGAGUAGUAUAGAUUCUAGUGUACCUCACGCAAGUAACACGGACUCUAGUAUACCUCACGCAAGUAGUACCGAUUCUGGCACACCUGAUGUCAAUUCUGGCGUGUCUGGUGCUAGUAGCACCAGUUCAGGCACGCCUGGUGCUAGUAGCACCAGUUCAGGCACGCCUGGUGCUAUCAGUACCAGUUAUAGCGCGCCUGAUACUAGCAGUACCAGUUCUGCCACGCCUAGUACUAGCAAUACCAGUUAUAGCACGCCUGGUACUAGCAGUACCAGCUCCAAUGCACCCGACGCAAGUAGUAUAAGUCCUAGCGUACCUAUUGCAAGCAAUAGCGUCUCACAAUCUCAACCGACAGGCGGAUCUUGUGAUCUUUACGGCGGACCAACGCCAAGACCUCUGAGUUGCAGUGCGGCAGCGAGAAAAACCGAUGAGAAGAUGGAAUGGGCGGUGUUUACCUGGUUGCUGGUGAUUUGGGUUGGUUUGAUUUGGUGGUAG